AUGGCAAUAUAUAAACAAAACUUGUUAAUUCAAAUGGUUUUAAUUUUUAUGUUUUUUGUGACCAAUAUUUGUGAAGAAACCUCAGGAAGAACGAUUGAAACAACCAAGUACCAUCAUUAUGAAGAGGUUCUUACUCUAUUUUCCGAACUGCAUCAGCGAUAUCCCAAUUUAACUGAAAUACAUAACAUUGGAAAUAGUGUGGAGAACAGAAGUUUGAUUGCCAUCCAAAUAACUGACAAUGUUAAAACUAUCGAGCCGGGAGAGCCAAUGUUUAAAUAUAUUGGUAACAUGCACGGAAAUGAAGCUGUCGGUCGCGAAAUUCUCAUAUAUCUUGCUCAGUAUUUACUAUUUCAAUAUGAAGCAGGUGAUCAACGUGUGAGAGAGUUGGUGGAUUCUACCAACAUAUUCAUAAUGCCUUCCAUGAAUCCAGAUGGUUUUGAAAAAGCAAUUGAAGGAAGUUGUGGAACUGAUUAUGAUGCCGGUGCUGGGCGUGAAAAUGCAAAUGGUGUUGAUCUGAACAGAAAUUUUCCUGAUCAAUUUAAAAAUGAUGUAAUAAUACUAGAACCAGAAACCCAAUCGUUAAUAAAUUGGAUCGAGAAUAAUCCUUUUGUAUUAUCAGCUAAUCUGCAUGGAGGUAGUGUAGUAGCUUCCUAUCCCUUUGAUGACUCUCCUAGUCACGCAGAGUCAGGUACUUACAGUGCAGCUCCUGAUGACAAAGUUUUUCAGGAACUCGCUCACACAUAUGCCAAUAAUCACAAAACAAUGUCUUCUGGUAAUCUGUGUUCUCGAGAUCAUUUCAAAGAUGGUAUAACAAAUGGUGCACAGUGGUAUGAUGUUCCUGGUAAGUUGACCUGAACUGUACAAAUAUUGCUGAUAUUACAAUUUAUUUGAUUGUCUUAAGCUUUUAAAGUAAAAGCUAUAUUAAUUAUUUGAUAACAAACUAGGCAACAAUUUUUUGCUUUAAGCUAUUUGUUAAACUUUAUAGUUUCUAUCUUUAUAAUAAUUAACGUUAAAUACUUUUUUAUCAACUGGGUGUGUCAGGCGGGAUGGAGGACUAUAACUACUUGCACAGCAACUGCCUAGAGAUAACAAUUGAACUGUCUUGCUGCAAAUAUCCCCCUGCCACCGAGCUCUCUACAGAAUGGAACAACAACAGAGAGUCACUACUGGCAUAUCUUGAAAUGGUUUAGUUCUGCUUUGUUUAUUUUUUGCUUAAAGUAUAAAUAUGAAUCAGUACUUUAAAUACAUUCAAGUAUCCAUCAGCUACACUUUUUACAGCUGCUGUCUUCAAAGAAAUUAUUUUUAAAUUAAAUUGAAAUUAAAGUAUAAAUGGUUCUACCUGACCUAUCAUAAUGGCUUAAAAAUGUUGUGCCAAUGUUCAUUUUUUGUUGUUGAUCUAUUAGGUUCACAUAGGCAUCGGUGGAUUUGUUUUUGACUCAGAGACUGGCCUGGGUAUUCCCAAUGCUAAAAUAAAAGUGGACAAAAUAAAUCAUGAAGUAAAAACUGCUGCAUUGGGAGAUUAUUGGCGUUUGUUGGUGCCUGAUACCUACACUAUUCAAGCAACUGCUGAGGGGUAAUUUUUCUUACAUUAAAAACAGUAUUAAACUACAUUUCAUUGUUAUGGUAAAUUGUUACCUACUCAUUGUUAUUAAUUCAACAUAAUGGCAUUAUGUGUCAGUGUUUUGCCUGUAUAUUCGUUCUAAUUUAAACUUUAUAUUGAUGACACCACUAUCAUAUUUUAUUCAAAAGGGUGGGCUGAAAAAAUGUUGUGUGUGGAAAAUUAUAGUAUGAAAAUAUUGAUUUGCUUAUCUUUUUAGAGAUAUUAUUUUUAUGUAUUAAUUAUUUCUAUGCUAAUUGUUUAUUUCAUUUGAACAGCUAUGAAGAAAGUAUAAAAAAGACUGUUUUAGUGCCAAGGGGAAGAGGUGUAUCUGUCAACUUUACCUUGACCAGAGCUAACAGACAGACUGUUAAGUAAACACAUUAAAAAAUAUUUUUAAAGAUAUUUGUUUCUGAAUCUAAUAAGCAAUUUGAGUUAACUCUGUACAGGCCAAUGUUUUUUUAUUAUUUUUAUUUUCCUUUUUUUAGGGGAUACCAUACAAAGAGUAGCUAAUUAAUACUCAUCAUGUUAUAUAUUUAAUUGUUCGCAAAUGAAUGGGUAUUUAAAUUUUAUAAAAUGCGUGUGAAAAUGAUUGUGUGGUUUUUUACAAUCAUGAUUGAUAUUAUGUAUAAAUAUUGAUAUUAUGUAUAAAUUAUUUUACAUUUAAAAAUUUUUUUUACAUUAAAACAUAUUAGUGUAAGAUGGAAGAAAUAGUUUAAUAUUUAUUGUAAUUUAAUUCAGCAGUAUAAUAUACAAAAUUUAAAAAAAAGAAUUUUAAAAAUACAACCAUUGGUUCUCUUUUAUUAUAUUUUUUUGCAAAACAUGCGUAAAUAGUGUUUUUGCAGAUAAAUUUAGACAAGUGAUCUUACCAUGCAGAAUUAUUCAAGUAUUAAGUUUAAAAUCUAUUUUAAAAUUUGUAAAAGUUUAAUACAAAUACAUUUAAAUCAUUCCUAAAAAAAAUACAAACACAAUCUAAGAGUCUUCUGAGCUUAGGGGAUGUUCUAACAAGAAACAAUUAUGUCACUUAUUUAGACAUGUUAGCAUGAAAAAUUAGCAGAAUUUAUGUAUCUAACACAGAUAUAACAAUAGUAUAACAAUAAUAAUAGUUAUAAUAAUAAACAUUAUUUUAUAAUGUUAGGAUAAGAAAAGUGACAUGUUUUGCUCAAAUAAUUACUAAGCAUAAAAUCCUAAAUAUUUGGCCUAUAGCUAUAGUCCAAAUAUCAUAAAUUAGUAAUGCAAUUAUAAUAUCAGAUAUUACUUAAAUAGAAUUUUAAAUUUUUUCCAUCUCAUUUCUAGUUGUCUGCUUUUCAGAAUCCAGAAUAUUGAGACCAUGUUUUCUUUUAGGGAUAAAUUUAGGUAUGGCCUGAGGGGGACCCUGGUCAACAUCUUCAUACAUUUUUUUCCAAGUCAAUUAUCUGCACUGAUUAGAGAAAAACAAUAUUCUAAAUAAAGGCUAUAAGAAAUAAAUAUCUAGUAACACAUUUUAAAAAGAAUAAAUUAAUAACUUCCAUCAUUUACUCAUUAGAGUUAGGCAAAAGACACAAACAACUACAAAAACAAUGAAAACUAAAAUCAGCUGUUUGAUCAGCUAAUUAUUUAAACAAAUUUUUAAAGUCAAAACACGAUUGGAAAAUAAAAUUUUCAUUACAAAAUUGUUAGACUAUAAUUAGGAAACUAUUAAUUAACUGUUCAAUAUAUUUUGUUGCUCAGAUUAUUUGGAAAUGUUAAUUUUAAGGGCUUGAUCGAGUGGAUAGCUAGACUUACAUUGUGUGAAACUGUACUUGUGUAGGUAAAGUUACAUCCAUGUCUUCAUCUGAUAUUUUUUCAUAUUGAUCUGUAUCCCAAUCAUCAGAAGAGUCACUUAGGGAUUCAUCUCAGUCAAUUUUAAUGUAUUCUAUACUCAUUUUGGAUUUUGAAAUUAUUUUUUAUUAAAUCAGCUAGCUUGAUUUAAGUCACAACAAGAAAACAAAAUGGAUGACAUAAAUGCGUCUCUGUAGCAAUAAUUUAAAAUUUGUUUUAAACAACGUAUAAUUAUGAUUAAAACUCUUAUUUUUAUAAAUUAAAUCCUUUUUAUAACAAUAACAUUUUUUAGUUCUUAACUAUAUAAAAAAUAAAUACACCCCUUUCUCACCCGGCGAAAACGCCGGAUUUCUCUACCAUUGGCUCAUACAGAGUUAAAGUAUAAUAUACAUUUUACUAAAAAUCCCUAAUUUGAAAAUUUUCUUUUUUGUUCAUUUGUGGGGUAUGAAGUCCAUUAUGGCUAAAGAAAUUGACAAAAAUAAGGUCUUAUGCUGCCUGUGUUUUUUAAAUUUCUAACUUAAUUAGUUAACAAUCCCUGAAAAUUAUAAUAUAAUUUUUUAGUGAAUAGAUCAUUUUUUAAUUUCUUUUUUAAAGUUAAAAUCUUGCUCAGAGAGUUCUUGACUCAUAAAAUAUUUAUUUUUAUUUUCCAGCACAGGACCAAAAACUCAAGAUCCCAUAGAAAAAUUGGUAGCUCUUGUUAAUUCACUGCAGGAUUUCAGGUAUCAAAAUGUAGCCACUAACUCAGGAUUUUUGAAAAUUUCCUCCAUCUAGAAGAUAGAAACACAGGAAACUUUAUCACUGAUUAUUAACAAUUAUUAUUAUUAGAAACAAUUAAACCAUUAUGGCCAUUAAAGGGAGAUAAAAAAAACAACAUCUGCAUGUACCUGAUCUCAACUAAAAGCAUUCUAAAAUAAUAUCUAGAUUUAUAAAAAGUAAAACAGAAUAAAUGCCUUUUUUUUAAAUAAAGAAAACAAUUGAUUUCACACAAGUUUUUACAAGCAGAAAUAAGCUGUAUGUUUAUUCAAAAUCAAUCACUUAUCUUUAUGAUGUACCCAUUAAGCUGUAUAUAUUAACUGAGAAUCUAACUCAAUUUUGUAAUAGCCACCAUGCCAGCACACAUUUCAAAGAGCCGACAGACUUCACUCACCACAACAACACUGAGAUGACAGAACUUCUGCGCAGCCUGGCCCAGAGAUUCCCCAAAAUAACUCGAUUAUAUUCAAUUGGUCAGUCUGUCCAAGGGCGAGAACUCUGGGUUCUGGAGAUCUCUGACAAUCCUCAAGAGCAUACACCAGGUAUGGGAUUAACCUAAGUAAAUUUGCCACCUCAUAUUACACUUUAGGGUAUUGGGCUAAUUAUAGAGACUGACAGAAAGGGAUUUUCCGAUUUCAACCGAAACCAGACAAAAAGUUAAAGGAUUUUUGGCUAAAACCAUAAGUUUAACAAGUUUUGGGCCAAAACCGAAAGAUUUAAAAAUUUGUUAUCGCAUACAUUCUGCGCACCACGAAAAAUGACUUAUCAACUUUUGUGGAAAUUUUAAUUUGUCUUAAGUGACUUUCAUACAAUGUACCCAAAGAAUUUAACCUCCACACACACACCCCCCCCCACACCAACGUUUUUUUUACCAUCAGUAAACUAUAAACCUCUUAACUACCAUUUUUAGCCAACUGAACUUAUUGGGACCUAAACAUUCCUGUUUAUCAUCCCAAUUGGAUCAGGCUUAACACUGAAAUAGUCAAUGUAAAAUUUUCCCUAGCUUGUCAUCACCCCCCCCCCACACACACACACACACACACACAAAAUAAAUUUUACCAAUUUUUGUAUCUUCAUCGUGAAUGGCUCUCGAUAACAAUCUAUAUGGGAGAAUUAAUAUUUUGUUAUCUUAAUGUUACAGUCAAAGUGUGUAAUCCAGGCAUUCACUAGAAUGCCUUAGAAAAUUACACCUUGACUAGGCAUUCUAUAGAAUAAGUGGAUUACACACUUCACCUGUAACAUUUAAAUAUAUGAAUAAAUCUAAUAAUUUUUUUUGUAAUGUAAUUUUAGAAUACAGAAAAUCAUUACUUGACCAAAAAUUUAAUUUCGGCUUUCUUCCACCUACUAUAACUAGUUCUAGGCCCACAAUAUAAAAAAAUAGUUAAAACCUCUACAUUAAAUGACAGAAUAGGAAUUUAAAUGUUUGCAUGUAGGUGUCAUGUAUAAGGGAAAUAUGCAUGGCGAUGAGGUGGUUGAAAAUCAACAGGGUGGCUGGUAGAGUUUAUGGACAUAAUCAUAAUUAUUGGUGUGAUGUUUCUUUGUAGGAGAGCCGGAGUUUAAGUACAUUGGUAACAUGCACGGCAAUGAGGUGGUUGGAAGGGAGAUGCUAUUGUUGCUUGCACAGCUGCUCUGUGAAAAUUAUGGCACUGAUGAAUUGGUGACCUUGAUGGUUCAACAGACUCAUAUACAUAUCCUGCCCACCAUGAACCCUGACGGUUACGAAAUGAGUCUAGAAGGUGAGUGUCUAUAAUCAAGUUAGUAUCUGAAGUUCAAGGGUUAUGGGAUUAAAGCUGAUUUUCCCUACAGUGUAUUUUAAUUAGCACAUUUUACGAGGGAUGUUUGAAUGUGUCUACCACUAGCAUUAAAUCAUCUUAUUGUAACUCUUAAUUAAACUGUAUUAAAAGAUGUUUUCUAACCCAGGUGACUUACAAGGAGUGGUUGGCCGCGCCAAUGCUAAUGGCGUAGAUCUCAAUAGAAACUUCCCAGGUAUUUUUAAGACAACACAGACCAACGAGGUCCAGGAAGUGGAGACAAUGAAUGUGAUCAACUGGUCCAGAUCAUACCCCUUUGUGCUCUCAGCCAAUCUGCAUGGUGGCUCUCUCGUGGCCAACUACCCUUAUGAUGAUUACCCAGCAGGCCAUGCAGUGUCUUCUGUUUCAAGAGACUCAAAAUCGCCAGACAAUGCCAUAUUUGUUCAGCUUGCUGAGUCCUACUCUCUUGUGAGUUUACAUUUAAAAUGAAGAUUGAACACAAAUAUGAAUUGAAGAAAGAUUUAGAUUUCUUUAGAAUUUUUAAGCUUCUUUCUUUCUUGUAUUAUCAGUAGCAAAAUUUUGUUGAAAAGGAGUUAAUAGGCUAGUUAACUAUUUUCUUAGCAUCUUUUAGAUUCUCUUUUUUGACCCAGUUUAAAUUGUUUCAUUUUUAAAGGAAGAAAUUAGUAAUAGUUUCUGAUUCAAUUAUCUCAUGCAAAAAAAAAAAAAGAUAUGAUUUUGUGUGUUAGUUUCCUAAAUUAUACUUUUAUAUCUUUAAACCUAUUGUAACUUAACAACUAUCCAACCCUCAUCUGUGUAUGUAUACUAUUUAUUUUUUACUCUAGUGUUGUAUUGAAGUAUUUUUUAAUACAAGUUGUCUUUUUUAGGCUCAUUCAACCAUGCACAGUGGUCACCCCUGUCCAAAGCAAGAUAGCUCCUACUUUCGUGAUGGUAUCACUAAUGGUGCAAGCUGGUAUGUGGUUUCAGGUAGGGACAUUUGAAAUCUUUUAAUACAUUUCUGUAUUCAAAAUUUUUUCUGUUUCUUGACAAGAAAUUUCUUAUUGAAUUUAUUAUAAAGUUAUGUCAGGUGCAGCCAUUUUUAUAUUUGUCAGUGUGCUGUUGGGGGAGGAAAUAAUUUACAUAAGUACAUACAUUUAAUGGAAAAAGAUAUAUUUUAUUUUAGGAGUAGAGUUGCUUAUUGAAAUACUGAACCUUUCUUUUUAUUGUGCAUCCACUUAAGGAAAUAGACACAUAUUAUUUUAUGAGUGCCUCAGGUUUGCUUAUCAGGUUAGCCUAUUCAAAAAAAUAGAAUUUACAAAUAUCUAAAUCUCGGCAUUUUUUAUGACAAGCAAAUUAUUUUACAGACAUUUAUAAAAUAAACAUACAAAUCUAAAAUAAAAAUGUAUAAUUUUUGUCCUACAUCUCAUUUUUUUUUAACAACUUCAUAAUGGGCUUUUGACCUUUCACAUACAAGUCAUUUUAGAUAAAAUUUGUAAAUUUAUGGUUAUUUGGCAACCCUGGAGUGCAUAUACUUACAGGAAUAAAUAAUUUGUAUAAAUACCUAGUGGAAUUGAAAAAUCUACUUUAAAUAGUGAAUAUAUUUAAUAGAAACAAAAACUUUUUAUUUUAAAAGCGCCUAUACUUAAUGAAAUAUGGAAAUGAUCUUUAUCAGGAGGUAUGCAAGACUGGAACUAUGGCUUCACAAGUUGUUUCGAAUUGACCAUUGAACUUAGCUGUGACAAGUUUCCAUUCCAGAAAGAUUUGCCAAAAUACUGGGAGGCAAACAAAGACUCUCUGCUUGUAUAUAUGGGGCAGGUUUGUACACAUUCCCAGUAUGUAUGUAUAAAUGGGGCAACUUUGUACAUUUUUCUCAGUAGGUUUAUUUUGGACAAUUUUGUAUACCUUUCUCAGUAGGUUUAUAUGGGACAGGUUUGUACAACUGAUGGUUUAUAUGUGGCAGGUUUGUACACUUUUGGUGCCCUAUUUUGCUUAUAUAAUUACAAAGGUUAACAUAUAUGCAAUGAUUGAUUGCCAUAAAGUUUAUUUGGUAAAAAUUAGGCCAUUUUUGUUUCAAUAUUCACUUAAUUUGUUUAAAUUAACCAAUUUAUAAAUUUGCCAAAAUUACUUUUGUUUUGAUUUUGUCAUAUUUAACUUCAAAAGUUAUUUGUGAAUAAUUAAAACAUUUCCACCCUACAAUUCCCAGGUACACAAAGGAGUGAGAGGAUUUGUCAUGGACAAAGAUUCAAUGUCAGGCAUUUAUAAUGCCUCAAUUACAGUAACAGGAAUCAACCACACUGUCAGAUCGGCCAGUCACGGGGAUUACUGGAGACUGCUCAGCCCUGGAACAUACACACUGACGGCCAGUGCCGCUGGGUAGGUCAAAGCCCUGUAAUAAGUGCUGUAGUUGGAUUCUGUUUAAAAUGAACAUUUAGCACCAUGAAAUUGUAUUACCACACAGCAUUCUGUCAUGAAUGUAGAGUAAAAGAAAAACAAUCUUUUUGCUCCCAGAUACAAGCCCCAGUCUCUCAUUGUCAUGGUCAGCUCUGGAGCUGCUGUAUCCAUCAACUUCACACUGGAGGUGGUGGACACUGUGAACUGGUCUGUCAUCAAGGAUUUUGACUUGACUGACAACAUGAAGUCUGACCAGUAUAUGUCCAGCACUGCCAUUGUGGAGGAGUUCACCAAGCUGGCCAGCAUCAACCCCUUGUUGGCACAAAUGGAACAUUUGAGUGGCACUGACCAGGAGAUACCCAUUCUCCACUUGUUCUCAGUAAGUGUCACAACCAAUUGUAACUCAAUAUUUAAAAAAACUGAAGAAUACAGGAGAUUCCUGUUUAAUAAAGUUUGACCAUGCAAUGUCAAUAAUUCAAUGAGCUCAUUAAGGUAGAGCUGCCUUGGCACUACCAAUAAAAACCUUGGCAAGCAAUGUCAAUAAUUCAAUGAGCUCAUUAAGGUAGAGCUGCCUUGGCACUACCAAUAAAAACCUUGGCAAGCAAUGUCAAUAAUUCAAUGAGCUCAUUAAGGUAGAGCUGUCUUGGCACUACCAAUAAAAACCUUGGCAAGCAAUGUCAAUAAUUCAAUGAGCUCAUUAAGGUAGAGCUGUCUUGGCACUACCAAUAAAAACCUUGGCAAGCAAUGUCAAUAAUUCAAUGAGCUCAUUAAGGUAGAGCUGCCUUGGCACUACAAAUAAAAACCUUGGCAAGCAAUGUCAAUAAUUCAAUGAGCUCAUUAAGGUAGAGCUGCCUUGGCACUACCAAUAAAAACCUUGGCAAGCAAUGUCAAUAAUUCAAUGAGCUCAUUAAGGUAGAGCUGACUUGGCACUACCAAUAAAAACCUUGGCAAGCAGUGUCAAUAAUUAAAUGAGCUCAUUAAGGUAGAGCUGUCUUGGCACUACCAAUAAAAACCUUGGCAAGCAAUGUCAAUAAUUAAAUGAGCUCAUUAAGGUAGAGCUGUCUUGGUAAUACCAAUAAAAACCUUGGCAAGCAAUGUCAAUAAUUCAAUGAGCUCAUUAAGGUAGAGCUGUCUUGGUACUGCCAAUAAAAACCUUGGCAAGCAAUGUCAAUAAUUCAAUGAGCUCAUUAAGGUAGAGCUGCCUUGGCACUACCAAUAAAAACCUUGGCAAGCAAUGUCAAUAAUUCAAUGAGCUCAUUAAGGUAGAGCUGCCUUGGCACUACCAAUAAAAACCUUGGCAAGAUAUCUCUCAGGGAACCUUACAGUCUGGCUGAUAAUCCCUCUAACUGUCACACUGGCUAAAUCCUACGUAGAUUAGGAGAUUUUCGUCUCCCCAGGGUGGGAGAGGGAUGUCUUAUUUCAUCACCCCUUUUCCUGACAUAGAGGAAGUUAAGAGACUUUUGUGUUUGGCAGAGAACCACCUUGAACCAUGACCUGGGUGGACCAGAGGCGUAGGGAAGUUUUUCCUAGAAUGUUGCUUGCUGCCCAACAUGUUUAGUUGAGGUGAUGGUACAUUCAAAGGACCUGGCCACCUUAGAAUAUCUUACAGCCAUGUUCUAUCACAUCAAUGGUUUUUACUCGUGCAAUGAACAAAGCCUAUUUAGCCUUAUGUUAAAAAUAAGGCUCUACCUUUUUUGUGAUUAGAAGAUAAACAACAGUAGACAGCCUUAGAGAUAAAGUAAUAUGAUCAUGUCCCCGUACUGGAAUAAAUAUAUGCUUAUUUCACAGACACCUGCCCAUUUGACACAACUUGACAACCGACCCCAUGUGCUGCUGAUUGGUGGUUUGGAUGGGGAUUCACCUAUUGGGGCAGAGAUUCUCAUCCGUUUGGCUCGGCAUCUCAUUACGGGUAAUGAUGACCUAUUUAAUUUACCUCCUGAAAUAGAAAUUAAAAUGUGAAUUAUUUAUUUGAUUUGUUAGAAUGUAAUAUUUAGAGGAAAGCGUGGGAAGGUUUUCAAAAACAUGUAUCUGGCUUCUUCCCCAGGUUACAACCAGAAAGAACCAGUUAUUGCAAAGAUUCUCAACACUGUGCACAUCCACAUCAUACCCCAGUUGAAGCCAGCAAACUCUGACCUGGCUGUUCCUGGAGACUGCAAGGGAGAGAACUUUACAGGAAAACACAUGAAUCAGCUGAUAAAUGAACAGGUAAAAUGAGAACAGCUCUAAGUCAAAUUUCAGUUUUUGGGAUGAGUGUCGCAUUUGACAGAUUACCCAGAAUGAAAUUUUUUUUCAGCCUAUUUUGUUGUUUUUUUACCUUAUUGAUAACCUUGGCCUACUUUCAGGAUUCAGCCGUGUCUGCACUCAUCAGUUAUGUGGCUGUCCACAAGUUUGACUUUGUUCUGAAUUUGGAAGGUGGUGGAAAGUUUAUUGUGUGAGUAAAAAACUUGGGAGCUCUUUCUCAAGUAUAAUUUUGUUUUCUUCUUAACUAUUUUUAAAUCUUUGCCAAACCCAAAGAAAUAAAAUUAUUUAUUUAGUUCAAAUACAAGUUAUUUGCAACCAUUCUUUGAAAAGCCUUUUUUUAAAAACAGAAUUCCUAGAAAUACCCUGGACAGCAGCAGCCUUAGUUAUAUGACACCUGAUGAAGAUGUUCUACAAGAGCUGUCUGCAGCCUUCGCCAUGUCCAUGACAGAGAUUUACCACAAAGACGCCUGCAGCAGUUCUGUAUACUCUGGGAUUAUACAUGGUGUGGACAUGGGGCAAGAGGCUGCUGCUUUGGCUGACACACUUUACUCCAAGUACAGAACCAUGAUGGUAGGUUCGGGGACAUGAUGUCCACCAAGUACAGAACCAUGAUGGAUAGUUGGGGGGCAUGAUGUCCACCAAGUACAGGACCCUGAUGGUAGGUUGGGGGGCAUGAUGUCCACCAAGUACAGAACCAUGAUGGUAGGUUCGGGGAGAUGAUGUCCACCAAAUACAGAACCAUGAUGGUAGGUUCGGGGAAAUGAUGUCCACCAAAUACAGGACCCUGAUGGUAGUUUGGGGGGCAUGAUGUCCACCAAGUACAGGACCCUGAUGGUAGGUUGGCGGGCAUGAUGUCCACCAAGUACAGGACCCUGAUGGUAGGUUGGGGGGCAUGAUGUCCACCAAGUACAGGACCCUGAUGGUAGGUUGGGGCAUGAUGUCCACCAAGUACAGGGCCCUGAUGGUAGGUUGGGGGGCAUGAUGUCCACCAAGUACAGGACCCUGAUGGUAGGUUGGGGGGCAUGAUGUCCACCAAGUACAUGACCCUGAUGGUAGGUUGGGGGGCAUGAUGUCCACCAAGUACAGGACCCUGAUGGUAGGUUGUGGGGCAUGAUGUCCACCAAGUACAGGGCCCUGAUGGUAGGUUGGGGGGCAUGAUGUCCACCAAGUACAGGACCCUGAUGGUAGGAUGGGGGGAUUAAAUUUGAGGCACAUUGGAUCGUAGCAAUAAAAAGCAAAUUGUAAAGCUUCCAUGUAAAUAUUUUAAAAUUAUUUUUGUUUUUGUUUUUUAUUCUUGUAGAGCGUUCCUUUAAAACAAUGUUGCCCUUAUUCAUCUAUGAUGUUUUAUAUAUAUCUAUGAAUGGAGAUAUGGGGUGAAAACUUAAUGUGGAGUUUUCCAAGUCUAGAAAUUGUUUAUAGAACACUAUUUAGGCAAUUUUUCAAAUAUUUGUACUACUUGGCUGUAUAAAUUUCUCCCCCUACAGCUUUCUGCCCAUGUCACCUGCUGUAAAUAUCCCCCAAGCUCGGAGCUGCCCAAAAUUUGGAUGGCAUCACUUCAGCCAAUAUUGAACACAUUAACCAAAUCUCUUCAGGGUUAGUUCACAAACUUUGAGAUCAUUAUAUCUCCAAUAUUACGUCUUUUUAUUUACUCUAAUUCAGCACUUCCAAACUUUUAAGUUUGGCUGAGUGGUUGUGGACAGUUUCAAAAUGGCAUCAGGGACAGGCACCAGAUGUAUUCAUUGUUGUGUGGACCGACAAGUUAGGCUUGCAGACCGGUGCCGGUCCUGGGACCACCAUUUGGGGAAGACUUGGCCAACUAACAAGUCUGGAUGAGUUCAAAUGAUUAGACUCUUAGAUGCCCUAUGUUGGGGAGAGAUGGUUUGGUGGGGAAGAGAGUGUUAGUGUUAGGGUAGACAGCGGUGUUAGGGCUGGUGUGGGAGAGAAAAGAUUAGUAGUUUCUUGCGCUUUCACAAAGCUGAGUAUAUGUUAAUACUGAAAAAAUGAAAUGAACUUUGCAUUUAGUAGACAAGAAAUUGACUUGAUAAAUGAUUGCCUCAAUGUUACAGUCUUAGUUUUGGUUCAAUAUUAUUUCAGUUCUGGCCCUCAUAAGUAUUUGUGUUUAUUUAAAAAAACUAUUUUCUUCUUUUUAUUUCAUCUUAUCAGGCAUUCAAGGGGCAGUAACCAAUGAUGGACAGGAACCAAUAGGAGCUUACUCAUUUCAGCUGGACAACAAAUCCAAGGUCAAAUUAACUGGUCCAUUUUUCUGGUUAACCAGUCGAGGCUAUCAUACCAUCACAAUAGAGGCUGAAGGUAGGAAUGUGUGUACAAUAUGUUUACAUAAUAAAAGAAUUAUAAUUAUACAAAUCCUGUAGAGAAUACUGUGUUAAAUGUCAAUUUGCCAAUGUUGUUACAUCUACGUGAUGUUAAAUGAGUCAAUUCUGACAUAAGACUUAAGUGUAUUUGAAAUUGUUUACAUCUGCAUGUUGUUAAAUGUGUUAACCAGGCUACAGUUCUGUGACACGCCAGGUGAUUGUGGCUGAUGACACUUCUGUGGUACUGAAUAUUGAGUUAAAGGAGGAGGACACAAGCGGAAUGGUGUAUCAUAACUUCACACUGAUGACCUCAACCUUGAAAAACCUGACCUCCAAAUGUCCUGAAAUAAUGGAACUUACAAGGUUUGAUUUUAAAAGCUAUUGGCAUUGGAAAUUUCAUUCCCAUUAUGUUGAUAUUUUUAUUCCCAUUAUUUUGAUAUUUUAUUCCCAUUAUUGUUGAAAUUAUUUUUAUAAAAUCAUGUGAGAUCAUAUUUGAUCCAAUGUUUCCAGUGCCGGCAAGACCAAGCUGGACUCAGACAUCUGGCUGUUGCGUGUUGGACGCAAGAAAACAGAGGAUCACAUACCCCCCAAGAUUGUGUUUAUUGGCAACAUGCAUGGGGAGGAUAUGGUGUCCAGGGAGAUGUUGCUGCACCUCUCCAUUUUUCUGUGUGACCAGUACGAGGCCGAUGACUAUGUUAAACAGGUCCGUCUGGGGAGGUUUAUUUCUGCAUCUUUACCAUGCAACUAUAUUUCAAGCGAGUAGAGAGUUUUGAAGAUUACCACUGAUAUAUAAAACUUUACUUUUACUCCAACCUGGCAGAUGCUGAAUGAUAUCCAGGUUUACAUCAUGCCUGCAGUCAACGUCGAUGGCUCUCAGCUUGCCAUGCCAGAUUCCUGCAACAAAGGCCUGGGCCACAACAAUUCUCUUAACGUGGAUAUUGACUCAAAUUUUUUAGGUUAGUCUUGGCGCUGGCACCAAAUGUAUUGACAAGAUGUGGAGUAUAAAGCUAAUGUAAAUUGUAUCGAAAAAAUGAAUGUAGUGUGUGAGACUGUCCCUUUGUGAUGGCACGAAUUUAUAUAGACCUGUAUAUGUUAGAAAACACUGCCCUUUAACCUUUAUGAUUAAUCUAGGUGAUGAGGACUACCAUCACCCUGAGGACGAGCAGGUCGAGACUAAAGCUGUCAAGAGGGUGAUAGCAGAGAGUCAUUCUCCCAUUGUGGUCAAUGUCAGAAGUGGUAACAAUCGUGUUGCUUAUUUUGGGAUCACUGACAAAGGUAGUGUCUUACUUGUUGAUUGCUAUACAUUUUAGCUACAUGUUAUUAAUUAUUAUUAUUUACAAGGAUUAUUUAUUGUAAAAUUAUUUUUGUCCAGAUUUUUUUUAUACAAUGAUUUUAUUAUUAUUAGGGGUAUGAUUAUGUUUUGUUAAGUUACUCAGACCUUUCAACCCCUACGGUUUCACCGUAGUAACUACAUACCUGAGCCUAAGACUACAGCACUAUGACAAGCCUAAAAAAGUUACGGUUUCUUGGAUGUUUUCAUUUCUUUGGUUUAUUUUUUAUAAAAAAUUAAUUUAUUGGGGUGUUUUCAGUAAAAAGUUACAGCAGUUUUUGUGUUAACAUAGCAUGCAAUCAAAUAAGAAUAACAGUGAUGGGCCUUUGCUGUCUCUAUCUCAAUGAACCAACCAGAAUAUUUUUCUUUUAGAGAAUGCGUCGUUAGCCACUUCAUUACCGCAGGGUUUUGGGCAUAGAUUUUUGCUGACUCUGCAACAAAAAACUUAAAAGAUGAAAUUUUCGGUAUAUUUCAUUCUCUAUUCGUUUUUUAACUUCUCUAUAGAUUAACGAAUAAGGAAAUAUAAAGCAUUGAAAUUUGACGUCGACGUGACGUCCUUUGGUAUUUCAGAAAAGUUCUUAAAUUUUUUUAUGACGUCGAUGGGAUGUCCUUGAUAAUUGAAAGUGGGUGAUCGUGACGUCGCGUCGACGUCAUCAGUAUUGAAGUGGUUAAUACUAAUUAUACUUAAUACCAAUGUGUUUUUAGCCCUACUGUUGCUUAUCGAUUGGAUUUGGUCUCAAUGACUAAGUGGUUUCCCCUUGAUUGCCCAUCCACUUUCCAAGUUUCUGAUGUUUUCGUAUUUAAAAAAAUAACAAUUUGCACUGUAAUGCUUUGGAAGUUUUUUCCUAUUUAGUUCACCUAUCAACAGACAUAUUUAGGGUAAGUAAAGUGUAAAAUUAUUUAAAUAAAGUCAAUAAUUAUUUUAAUGUUUUUCUAGCUUUUAAUUGUUAGAUAGCCCUUUUUAAAUAGACCAAAACUUUCUCUUUGUCAACUAUGUGACCAAUGACUAAAAAUAAAAUUAUCUGUUUGUUGUCUACUACUAAGUCAUAUACUAACUUUUCACAAAGCUUAGCCUUAGCCUACUUUUUUUCCGGCUUUAUGGUAAGACUAAUGAUUAUAAAAAUAUUAAUUCGACAAGUAAUAAUAGAAGCUUACAGUAUGAGUUGUUGUUCUACCCUAUGCUAUGAUUAUGAUCAAAGUAGAGGAAUUUGAUUUGUAAAUUUAACUUACAGUUUGCGACCGCUGUACUUUAUUUAAACUUAGUAAUAUACCCUUUUUUUAAAUCUAAAAUAUAACGUCUAGACUUUAAAACAAAAUUAAUUAUUUAAAGGCUGAAGUUAUUAUUAAAUUAUUUUUUUCGUAGUUCAAAAAAUAAUUGACUUAUUAAUAGUGCAAAAUUAACACUAAAUGCCGCCAUUUCACUUUUCAUUGUUCAAUAGGUUUUUGAUACCCCUUCUUUCGCACUUGAUUGGCUCAGUCCUACGUCACUGCAGAGGCCUAUUGAUACUGGUAUAAGUAGUUUAAUAUGAAAUAUGACCUCUAUGAGCCUAAUAUGAUAAUGUAUUAAUUCUUUUUUGUUUCUAUUUUCAGGGUCUAGGGUUAAUAAAAUAAUGCCAACAGCACCUUUAACGACUGAUGAUGAAUCAAGGU